AUGGGGAACAGGGGGAACCAGGGCGAGGGGGCCGCCGGGCUUGAGGCGCCGAUGCCUACCUUCCGCUGGGAGGAGAUUCAGAAGCACAACCUGCGCACCGACAAGUGGCUGGUCAUCGAUCGCAAGGUCUACAACAUCACCCAAUGGUCCAGCCGGCACCCCGGGGGCCAGCGGGUUAUCGGGCACUACGCCGGGGAAGAUGCUACGGACGCCUUCCUGGCCUUCCACCGCAACCUUGAUUUCGUGCGCAAGUUCAUGAAGCCCCUGUUGAUUGGCGAGCUGGCCCCUGAGGAGCCCAGCCAGGACCGCGGCAAGAAUUCCCAGAUCACCGAGGACUUCCGGGCCCUGAGGAAGACCGCUGAGGACAUGAACCUGUUCAAGAGCAACCAGCUCUUCUUCCUUCUUCACCUGGCCCACAUCAUCGCCAUGGAGAGCAUCGCCUGGUUCACUCUCUUCUACUUUGGCAACGGCUGGAUUCCAACCAUCAUUACGGCCUUCGUCCUUGCUACCUCUCAGGCCCAGGCUGGAUGGCUGCAACACGAUUACGGCCACCUCUCUGUUUAUAAGAAGUCCAUGUGGAACCACAUCGCCCACAAGUUCAUCAUCGGUCACUUAAAGGGUGCCUCUGCCAACUGGUGGAACCACCGCCACUUCCAGCACCAUGCCAAACCCAACGUCUUCCACAAGGAUCCCGACGUGAACAUGCUGCAUGUGUUUGUCCUGGGCGAAUCGCAGCCCAUCGAGUACGGCAAGAAGAAGCUGAAAUACCUGCCUUACAACCACCAGCAUGAGUACUUCUUCCUGAUUGGGCCGCCGCUGCUCAUCCCUUUGUACUUCCAGUACCAGAUCAUCCUGACCAUGAUCGUUCACAAGCACUGGGUGGACUUGGCCUGGGCCAUCAGCUACUACACCCGUUUCUUCAUCACCUACAUCCCUUUCUAUGGUGUCCUGGGAUCCAUCCUUUUCCUCAACUUCAUCAGGUUCCUGGAGAGCCACUGGUUUGUGUGGGUCACACAGAUGAAUCACAUCGCCAUGGAGAUUGACCGAGAGCCCUACCGCGACUGGUUCAGCAGCCAGCUGGCAGCCACCUGCAACGUGGAGCAGUCCUUCUUCAACGACUGGUUCAGUGGGCACCUCAACUUCCAGAUCGAGCACCACCUUUUCCCCACCAUGCCCCGGCACAACCUGCAUAAGAUCGCCCCCCUGGUGAGGUCACUGUGCGCCAAGCACAGCAUUGAGUACCAGGAGAAGCCGCUGCUCCGGGCCCUGCAAGACAUCAUCGGGUCCCUGAGGAAGUCUGGGCAGCUGUGGCUGGACGCCUACCUCCACAAAUGA